GACCUUGAAGAUAGGUACCAGCCGGGAGAGAGGAGUCCUACAAGCCGGAGUCACAUUACAGGGUUAAGCAGGCAUCACCUUAAUGGCAGUCAUGUCUUGGAAUCAUGUAUGAAGUAUCAGUGCCUCAUAUUUUUUCACCUCCUUAUGUAGAAACAUUGAUCUUGAAUGUUUUUCUGGAUUUAAGCCAAAUACUGUCUCUUUUAAAACUGUUAGUAAAGCAGAGAGCAGAACAACUAAGUGAAAGCUAAUAUCAAUCUUGAACCAACAAAAAGAGGCUGUAAAAGUCUGUCUGAUCUGCUGUCUUUUGAAUCAAAUACAGAAACAGAGAAGGAAGAAGAAAUGGCUGGUUCUAAGAGGCAGUUGUCAUUCAAAGAUGUGGCCAUUGAUUUCUCACCAGAGGAGUGUGAAUGCCUGGACCCUGCUCAGUGGGAUUUGUAUAGUGAUGUGAUGUUAGAGAAUUACAGCAACCUUGUUUCUCUGGGUCUUGCCUUCUCUAAGCCAUGUCUGAUCACAUUUCUGGAGCAAAGAAAACAACCCUGGAAUGUGAAACAACAAGCAACAGUGGCCGUCUACCCAGGAACAAAACCCUAUAAAUGUAAAGAAUGUGACAAGGCCUUUGUUCGGAACUCACUCCUUAUUCAACACCAGAGAAGUCAUACUGGAGAGAAACCCUACAAAUGUGAACAGUGUGGCAAAGCUUUUAGCUGUUCUUCAAGCCUUACCCCCCAUCAAAGAAUUCAUACUGGAGAGAAACCCUACAAAUGUGAACAAUGUGGUCAGGCUUUUAACUGUUAUUCACACCUGUAUAAGCAUCAGAGAAUACACACUGGAGAGAAACCCUAUAAAUGCACAGAAUGUGGCAAAGCUUUUAACUGGUCUUCAAGCCUUACCCAACAUCAAAGAAUUCAUACUGGAGAGAAACCCUACAAAUGUGAAGAAUGUGGUUUGGCUUUUAAUUGUUCUUCACACCUGUAUAGGCAUCAGAGAAUUCAUAGGGGUGAAAAACUUUACAAAUGCAAAGAAUGUGGCAAGGCCUUUAACUGUUCUUCAUACCUUAAUUAUCAUCAAAUACUUCAUACUGGAGAUAAACCCUACAAAUGUGGAGAAUGUGGUAAAGCCUUUACCAUGGUGUCUUAUCUUACUCGACAUCAGAGAAUUCACACUGGAGAAAAACCCUAUACAUGUAAAGACUGUGACAAAGCUUUUAGUAAUUGUUCAGCCCUAAUUCAACACCAAAGAAUUCACACUGGAGAAAAACCCUACAAGUGCAAAGAAUGUGGGAAAGCCUUUAAUAAUAGUUCAAGCCUUACUCAUCACCAAAGAAUUCACACUGGAGAAAAACCCUACAAAUGCAAAGAAUGUGGCAAGGCCUUUAAUUCUUCUUCACAUCUUAAUUAUCAUCAGAGAAUUCAUACUGGAGAGAAACCCUACAGAUGUGAAGACUGUGGCAAAGCCUUUAAUAAUUUUUCAGCCCUCAUUCAACAUCAAAGAAUUCAUACUGGAGAGAAACCCUACAAGUGUGGAAAAUGUGGCAAAGCAUUUAGUAAUUGUUCAGCUCUUAGUCAACACCAAAGAAUUCAUACUGGAGAGAAACCCUACAAAUGUGAAAAUUGUGGCCAGGGCUUUAACUGUUCUUCAAAUCUUAAACAACACCAAAGAAUUCAUACUAGAGUAAAACUCUACAAAUAUGAAGAUUCGGGCAAAGCCUUUAAUAAUUAUAGAGCCUUUUCUCAAUACCCAAGAAUCCACACAUACUGUAGAGAAACCCUAUAAAUGUUAAACACUUUGUAGAAGUGUUUAAGCAGUUUAAGUGUAGUUUUACACUUCUACAAUUUCAAAAUUUUAUACAUAAGUGUAAAAGGAACUUUUAUUCACCUGUUUCAGUUGUUGUCUGAGAGGCUCACUGCCUCUGUCUUCUAACCUAGGCCUAGUCCUGGAAGCUUCUAGCCUCUGUACAAUGUAACCUAGGCCUAGAAUGUUUUCAGCCUCUUGAGACUUACUGCUGAAUAAGCUUACCCUUUCUUGUUCUUACUGAGCUCUGGGCUGGCAGGUUCAACUCAGCUCUUCUGGCUCAAACUCCUUUUCUAGCUGACUUAUUCAAUCUGUUUUUUUUUUUCUUGGCCCCUGAAUUGCUCUGCGUGGCCUCAAACUAAUUCCAACAAUCUUUUCUAAUCUUCUGGCUCCUUCUCAUUCUCUGGCUCAUUCCUUCUUCACCUGUGUUGUUUAUCUGAAUCUUGUCUCCAGUAAAAACUGCCUCCUGUUUCUCUAUGCAUUGCCCCUUAAAUAGCUUCCCUUUCCUGUCUGUUCUUCUGAGAAUUAGGUGUGUCCUAUUCUGUCAAAUAUUCUCUGAUUUGUCACUUUCUCUACCACUCAAUUAAACAUCAUUUUCAAACAUGAGUGCUUCCUUCCACAAACUAACUUCAUUGUUUGGGAUUAAAGAACCUGGACCACUCCUGGACCUAAGCUUUUCUGUACCUCAUGCUUGCUCUAAACCAGGGUGGCCUUGAACUCAGAGAUCUGCUUGCCUCUGUUUCCUGGGAUUAAAGGCAUGUUUGUAUUCCAGGCCCAUCACACAGACCUAGAAGGUCUUUGAAUGUGAUCUCUUGCCAGAGCAGCCAUGUUCUGAAUUAAAAUUCCUCUACACUUAAGAGAAACCCUACAAAUUAAAUUACGUGUCAGAGAUUUUUUUAUUGGUGAGAAGCCUUGCAAAUGUGAAUAAUGGCAUAUGACCUCUAACUGAAGCUUGAUCUUCCUUAGCUUUCAAUGAAGUCAUAUUAGGUAGUAACUUCAUACAUGUAAUGUCUUUGGUGGAAUUUAGUCUAAUAUUUAUACCUUGGAAAAUAAAAGUAUUUACACUACAAGACAUGUAAAUAAAAAACAUAACCAAGCCUUUGUGCAUACUCAGAUCUUACUAAAUAUAAGGAAAUUAUUAUAAGAGACACAUCCAAUGAAUAUAUGUAAUGUCACAAAAACUUGAAUGAUUCUUAUAAUUUACAGGGCAUUGUUAUUUGAUAUAAUGGAAAGAACUAUCAAGGAUAUCAGAAUCUUGCAGAUAUCAAUAUUUUAUGAAACCGAAUUUACUGUAUAGCCUCACUUUUCAAAACUGAAUGAAGCACAGAUCUCAAAUGAUCAACAGAACAAAGCUGGUUCUAGAGAGUUAUUUUUUCCAGAGACCAUAUGUUAGAUUUUGAAAUACAUAUUAUGAAAUUUAGGUGAGUGUUUCUUAAUGUAUUGUCAUUGUUAUAUAUUGAAUGACAUAUUAUUCUGUCAAAUACAAAUAUGUAUUAAGGUAUUCUCUUUACUCAAGGAUACAGAUAGUAGGUUUUAAUUCUGUAUUGCUGAAGAGGAAUGAAAUAACUUGUCAUUCUUACACCAAGUAAUUUUAGGAAGUUACUGUUCCAUUUGCCAUGUUUCAUUUUUCAAUUUUAAAAAAUUACUUAGAAAAUUUUUGUUCUUUUCUUUCAUAUUCUUUUUCCUUCCCAGUACCUCUGAAAUAGUCCCUCCUUACCUAUACAACUUCAUGUUUUCUAUCUCUCUCUCUCAAAAAAAAAAAAAAAAAAGCCUGGAAGUUUUAAAAAUAAAAAUCAUUUGUUUCUAAAUAAUUUUAGAAGUAAAAAACCAGGCAUCUAGGUGCUGGAAAGAUGACUCAGUGUUUAAGAGCAACGACUUCUCUUCCAGAGGACCUGGGUUCAAGUCUUAGUACUCACGUGACAGCUCACUACUGUCUGUAAUGCUAAGAUCUGACACCUUCACACAGACAUCCAUGCAGACAAACCACCAAUUCACAUAAAAUAAAAAAUAAAAUUAAAAAAAAUAUAUAAAGAAAGGUUAAAAAAAAAAAAGUGCACCCAGAUUAACACAGUCACUCAAACAAGUACUUGCCCAGACUCAAGUCUUCUGAAGUCAUGGAGCUUAACUUUGGAUUUCAUUAUUUUUUAAAUACAUAUAUCCGUUACGCACACAGAGUCCGUAACAGAUCUAGAAGAACAGUUUAUGCCCUCUCUCAUUCAUGUAUUCUGGCCCUUCUCACCACCUGAUAUUAGUCUCUUGUGCUCUUCUCUGCGCGCUGUUCUAUAGCAACACUUGACAUGUGCUUACAUAGAUACAGUAUAAACUAGGGUAAAUAUAUUGGGGAAACCAGUUUUUUUCUUUGUGAGAUUGAUAUUAUUGAUAUGUUAUUGAUAUUGAUAUGCAGUUUAAGACAUCCAUUUGUGGAAAUUUGUUACUUCAUUUUUUUUCCUUUAGAGCUAAACAAAAUUCUAUCUUAUUUACCAGAUUUUCAUUAUCCAGUUAUUUGUUGGUGGAAAACUGGAUGGUUCUUUUUUUUUUUUUUUUUUUUUCUGUAUUACUAAAGCAAUAGUGAACAUAAGAAUACAAAUAUCUUUGUGAUAGGGUAAGGAUUUCUCUGGGUAUACAUCCAGGAGUAGAGUAGCUGGGCUAUAUGGUAGUUCUAUUUUUUCAUGUUUUGAGAAACCUCCAAAGUGAUUUCUAUAAUGGCUAUAUUAAUUUGUACACAAAGCAGCAUAAAAUAAGGGCAGUUCUUUCAUCAAAUCUCUAAAAUUUGUCAGUUUUCUUCAGGAUAACUAUUUUGCCUUGGGUGAAGUAGCAUAUCAAAGGAGUUUUAAUUUGCAUUUCCCUGAUGGCUAAAGGAUAUUGAACACUAUUAAAUAGUUAUUGGCCAUUUAUAUUUUUAAGCUGUCUACUCAAUUCAUUAGACCAUUUGUUCAGAGUUUUCUUUCUUUUGCAUUUAAUUUCUGCAAUAUUUUGCCAAUUCUGGGUAUUAGCCCCUGGUCUAAAAUACAGCCCAUGAAGACUUUGUACCAUUGUGUGGGUAUGGUCAGUUUGAAAAGAUUAAUAAUAAACUCUGACUCACCA